AUGGCGCAGCUGAUCUCCUCGUGCACUCGUGCCGUUGCCUCGCGCACGGCGGCCAAGUCGGGCCUCUCGCAGUCGAUCCGCUCUGCUUCGACGCGUGCGACGCCUUCCAUGCCGUCUAUGCUGACCUCGCGUACGUCGGCCGUGGCCGCGACGGCUGUGGCUGUCGGUUCGAUCGUGUGGUACCAGCAGAUGUACGGCGAGCUGCCGUUCCUCGAGUCGGCGAGCGCGAGCAGCCUGGCCGACGAUGGCCUGCACCCGCCCGCGUACCCCUGGACGAACAACGGCUGGUUCAGCACCUUUGACCACUCGGCCAUCCGCCGUGGUUUCCAGGUCUACCGCGAGGUGUGCAGUACCUGCCACUCGCUGGAGCGCAUUGCCUGGCGUAAUCUGGUCGGUGUCUCGCACACUGUCGACGAGGUGAAGGAGAUGGCCCAGGAGAUCGAGUACGAGGACGGCCCGAACGACGACGGUGAGAUGUUCCAGCGCCCGGGUAAGCUGGCGGACUACAUGCCCAGCCCCUACCCCAACGAGGAAGCUGCCCGUGCUGGUAACGCUGGUGCUCUGCCGCCGGACCUGACGCUGAUCGUGAAGGCACGCCACGGCGGUGCCGACUACAUCUUCUCGCUGCUGACCGGCUACUGCGACCCGCCUGCGGGUGUGACGGUGCAGGAGGGUUUGAACUACAACCCCUUCUUCCCUGGCACGCAGAUUGCCAUGGCGCGUGUGCUGUUCGACGGCCUCGUGGAGUACGAGGAUGGCACGCCGGCCACGACGAGCCAGAUGGCCAAGGACGUUGUCGCCUUCCUGCAAUUCACCGCCGAGCCGGAGCACGACCAGCGGAAGCGCGCUGGCUUCAAGGCCCUGAUCCUUCUCUCUUCGCUGUUCGCCCUGUCGGUGUGGGCCAAGCGUUUCAAGUGGGCUCCAAUCAUGACCCGCAAGAUUGUGUACGACCCGCCGAAGGGCCACCACUAA